AUGAACCUUCCAUUGCUGGCAGGCUCUAUCGUGGCUCUCGCAAAAGCGCAGCAUACGGUUCUAUGGGUGCCCGAAUGCGGAGACGAAGUGUUGAUGCUUGGCACUCAUGCUGCUAGCGAGUUCAAAAGCGCAAACACGCUCAGUGUGACAGACAUUGAUUCCAUACUCGCAUUUAGCACGUAUACUGUGAUAUCUGAAAAAUUGGCACCGUCAGGGUUUCAAUAUGUCGGAGAAUACCUUGUAAAAACCCCUCCAUCCCGACACACCGUCACAACUUGCACGACGUCUCUGGCAGGAACACAAGCAGCGAAGUCAGCGUAUUUUCCGUCGGAAAAUCUCAUGCCGACCAAUACCCAGCCUCAGACGUCCGCACAAUCCCAAACUUCGGUGACCCCAACGCCUGUUACGUCUUGUUAUACUUCAGGACAGCCGCUGACGGAAUCUGUUUCGGUUAUGAAUAUCAUCUUCAGCUUUUGCGGUUUGCAUCCUAACAUUGACGCACCAACAAGCAUAUCCUCCACAAUGACACAUAGCGAUGUACCGAUGCUGCUUGAGGUCAGCCCUACCGGCUGCUCCUCUGAAAGCACUGCGAGCGGAACCAUGCCUGUGAGAUUUGGCAAACCAGAUGAUAGCAACUCAACCGACUCAAUAAAGACAUAUAACAAGGCACUUUAUCCAUGCGUUAAGCUGUAUGAGAUAUGGGAAUAUUGUCCAAUUUAUCCUCGGUUGGACGGAAGAGAUCUGCCUACUUCUAAGACUCUCAACGGCGUCACUCCGUGUGCCAACUCUUAA